AUGCAGAGGUUCUACUGCUGGGGACCCGCGAAAUCGCCCAUGCACAUGACGGCAAAUGAAAACGAAGAGUGGUACAGACACCGCCAGACGCCCGUCAUAUUCAAUCCACACAAGCCCAUCGUAAUCAACGAUACCUCGAUUAAUUACGUGAACCUCAACGGAAUAUAUUCAACGGUCGAUGCGAUCAAGAAGCAGGAGAGAGUGCUCAUCCUCACGCCAAUGCGCGAGGCAUCUAAACACCUCCCUCAGCAUUUCGAUCUACUCAGCUCCCUGACGUACCCGCACGAGCUUAUAGACCUCGCAUUUCUGGUUGGCGACAGCGAAGAUGAUACAAUGGCAGCGUUGGCGAAGGAAUUAGAAAGGGUGCAAGGCAAUCCGGAGGUUGCUUUUCACUCGACAAUGAUUGUGGCAAAAGACUUCGGUGUCAGGUCGUCUCAAGAAGUGCACGACAGGCACAGCUUCGAGGCGCAAGGCCCACGUAGAAAAGCUCUAGCGAGGGCAAGGAACUACCUGCUCGCCACAGCGUUAAGAUCGGAGCACAGCUGGGUGUACUGGAGGGACGUGGACAUCCACGACAGCCCGCCGGAGAUCAUUGAAGACUUCAUCCUACAUGACAGAGACAUUCUCGUACCAAAUGUCUGGUUCCACAGGUACAGGGAAGUCGGCGGUAAGAUGGUCGACGUCGAGGGCCGUUUUGACUAUAACUCCUGGCAAGAAACCCCCGAAUCGCUCAAAGUUGUUGCCAACGUGGAGAAAGACAAAGACUUCAUUCUUGCAGAAGGCUACAAGAAUCUCAAAAUCUUCGGUCUCCGCAACCACAUGGCACUCCAAGGCGACUGGCGAGAAGACAAAGAUGUUGAAAUCCCGCUCGACGGUAUCGGUGGCGUCAAUAUUAUUGUUAAAGCCGAUGUUCAUCGUUCCGGCAUCAAUUUCCCUUGCUAUGCGUUCGAGAACCAGGCUGAGACGGAGGGCUUCGCUAAGAUGGCGAAGAGGGCUGGGUAUGGCGUCUAUGGCCUGCCGAAUUACGUGGUGUGGCAUGUUGACACGGAUGAAAAGCCGGGCAACGCGUGA